UAGGAAACCACCUUGUCUAGCAGGAUUCAGAUGGCAUCUGAGACAGAGCACCUCCCCCUGGGUGUGUUCGAGUGUCAUCUGUGUGCUUUGUCAGCUCCAUACAGCUAUGUGGGGCAGAAGCCCCCCAACACCUGGUCUGUCUUCCUGCUGGAGGAGAGCUAUGUCCUGAAGGACCCUUUCACCGCCAACAAGGACAAAUUCCUUGUCCUUGGCUCCCGAUGCAACGUAUGUAGCAGGCUGGUGUGCAUGGGCCCGGAGUGCAGUGUGUUCUACGCCAAGAGAUUCUGCCUCCCUUGUGUCUGGGAGAACAUUGUUGCUUUCCCUCAGGAAAUCCGGCAAGACGUGGAGAAGCAGAAGACCACGGCAAAGAUGCCCUGCAGCAAGCCCAGCUUUCGGACCUGAGGGUAGUCGGUGCCAGGCCAACAGCCUGUGGGUGCCUCCCCAGUAGGCUGCCUUGCAGCCCCAGCUGCAGUGUCUCACUGCCCCUGGACUGUGUCUGCAGGCCAGGAGACUGGGGGAAGCUGGUCUAUAGCAGGAAGGGCCAGACCUCUGAGUAACUGCCAGGCCAGUAGGUGGAAAGUCUUGUGGCUCCAGUGUCGGUUGAAGCAUCUCAGCGCUAGUGUGGGCCUCCAGGUG